AUGGCUAAGGCGCGGCCGAUCGCCUGCGGAAGCGCACAGACAGGCAUCUUGAGCAACGGAGAAGCUGAGGCCCUUACGUCUUUUGCUUGGGAUGGUGCAGGAGGGCAGAAGUCCGACCGCCUCUUCCUUGGACCCAUGGCAGGCGCAGAGCAGCAAGGGGUACUGGGCGCCACGGAGACCGAGAUGCCGGACUUUGGAGUUUUGGGGCAGGACGGUGGAAGUCCGAAAAGCCAGUGGCAGGCCACGCCAGUCCCGGAGACCGAGAUGCCGGACUUUGGGGCCUUUGGGCAGGUGCAAGAGGAUUGCUUUGGUGCUUGGCCACCAGUGACAACAUGGAGUCACUGGCACAACCUCAGCGCCUAUGACUACAGCGCCUACUGUUGGGAAGGCUGGCUAGGCCAGUGGCCUUCGCAGCCGGAGUUGACUGCGGGGCCCAUCCAUCGAUCGAACGCGACUCGGAACCGCCGAUCUGCAAAGCAGAGCCAGCGGAAAUGA